UCUUAUUAUAAACAGUUAUUGUAGAGAGUGAUUUUUCGAGAAAAAUGUUUGAAUCCCGAAGUGAGUGUUCUUCUCCUGUGUACGGUCAAUUAACUCCGAAUUCAUCUCCUGGUUAUGAAGAAUAUGAACAAACUAGAUUAAUGGAUUUGACCAAUUCGAACGAAAAAUAUCUUCCGACGACUCUACCGAACUCGGAUAACAAUGCUUUUAACAUAUUCUACAAUCAACAACAGUUGCAUGAAAGUAGAUAUUACGAAGAGCGACCUUGUUAUCAUCACGAGCCAAUCAGAUCGCAGCAUUUCGAAUACAUGGAUUCGCCGUUUAUCAAAGUAGAACCCACGGAUACAGACGAAACUCCUGUUCUAAAAACCAGAGCUUUAGGCAGGAAACGACGGAAUAUGUCCGCCGACGAUGAAAAUUCCUUCAACAAGAAUAAAAUCAAACGAAAAUCACCGCAAAGUUUUGAAGAUCUGCAGACACAAAGAGUUAUGGCGAAUGUACGAGAGAGACAAAGGACGCAAAGUUUAAAUGAGGCUUUUGCUAGUUUAAGAAAAAGCAUACCCACUCUACCGUCGGACAAACUUUCCAAAAUCCAAACUUUAAAAUUAGCAGCUAGAUAUAUAGACUUUCUUUACCAUGUUUUAUCUACUUCUUCUCCUGAAAAUCCCGGUGAAAGUGACAUUUUGGGAAACGUUUGUUCGUAUACAGCACACGAAAAACUUUCGAGAGCGUUCAGUAUGUGGCGUAUGGAAGGAGAUUGGAAUACGCAGUUGUAGAACGGAAGAAAUGGUACAAUUUCGUUUUUGUAUAUAGUUUAAAAAGAAGUGCUGGUUG